UUUCUUCCUAUAUAAUGUUGAUGUGGAAUCCUGGAGUCAAGAUUCCUCCAGGCUCCGAAAAUUUCCUGUGAUACCUGCUUUGCAAUUGACCAUCAUGAAGCUCUUAGCCUUCCUGACACUGGUGGCAGUUUCCACCAUCCUGGUUUCUGGCCAGGAUACAACAGCUGCUCCACAGGACCCACCAGCUUCUGAAGCUGCUGCCACGAGCUCUGCUGACCCCAGCGAAAGUACAGAUGCUCCCAGUGAAAGCACAGAUGCUCCCAGUGAAAGCACAGAUGCUCCCAGCGAAAGUACAGAUGCUCCCAAUGAAAGCACAGAUGCUCCCAGUGAAAGUACAGAUGCUCCCAGCGAAAGUACAGAUGCUCCUAGUCAAAGUACAGAUGCCCCCACCACAGGCUCUGCUGCUUCCACUUCCACUGCUGCCAGCUCGAAGAGUACUGCAUCUACCACCACUCGACAUUGUUUCUUUCCAUGGUUUAACAUAUUUUGCUGAGUUAUCAGUGAGAUGGAAUCAGCUUUGGCCUUCUGCAUUUGAUCCUGCUGGGCUGGGCCAAUAUGUCCCUUGAUUUGUUCUAAUGCAACAACUUUCCAUCCCUACUAUGUCUAUCCUAUCUCUAAUCAGUGUAUCUUCUUUAAAAUAAAAAAAUCAUGAGCAACAUGAAAAAAU